UUCCGUACUACAGUUUGGGGGAGGAACUUUAGGUCACCCUUGGGGUAAUGCGCCUGGUGCCGUAGCGAAUCGAGUCGCUCUCGAAGCAUGUGUACAAGCUCGUAACGAAGGACAUGAUCUUGCUCAGGAAGGCAAUGAAAUUCUUCGACAGGCUAGUAAAUGGAGCCCUGAACUAGCUGCUGCUUGUGAGGUAUGGAAGGAGAUUCAAUUUGACUUUAAACCAGUGGAUACCUUAGAUCCAAAUGAGAAGAAAGAAAGAUAUACUAGGAGGCUCCUGCAGGAGAUAAAUACAGAUAACUUAUUCGGGAAUGGGUAGAGGGAAUUCAAGCAAUUACUAACCCCCCUUCUCUUCUGAAUUGCAAUUAAAUUCGGCCCAAUCUUUUACUAAAAUCACUCAAAUACUAAAAAAAGUAAACAGAUUGAGCCGGAUAUCUAUACAUAUUAAUGAACUUCUUAUUUAUAUUUGGGUAUAGGUAGGCAAGAACAAAUAGUUAAAUUUGGUAAUUGGGGGUAGAGUUAUAUAAAAGGCAAUUCCAUUUUUGGAUACUCAUACCCAUUAUUUUAGGCAAUAGCCUUAAUGCUUGGGUUUCUCUUUUUAUUCUGAUAGUUGUUCAAAAAGAACUUGUGUUUUUUUAUUUUGAGUUUAGGAAUAUUUUAUAUCCAAACGACUAUUCCAUGUAUUGCUAUUUUAUUUUCUAUUGUAUUUUCAUGCAUUGUAUUUUCAUGCAAAAAAAACAAGGGGCAAAAAUUAUGGAAAUGUGGGGGGAUAAUUCAUUGGAUAAGAAAUUUGAACGUGGAUGGGGGCUAACUCAAUCAAUGGAUGGUGUUAGCCGUCCUAUUGAAGAAAAUAGCAGGCAAAAUGAAGAUACGAAGAAGCAAGAUAUGUUUGAAAACAUUCAGACUUGGGAGGAUCGUGACAAUUACGGUUGCAGUAAUGUUGAUUCUGUCUUCGAGUUAAACUAUAGUGAAAGUGUCAUCAAAGAUGACACUUUUCUAGUUAGCGAUAGUACUGGAAAUAAUUAUUGCAUCUAUUUUAAUAUUGAAAAUUAUAUUUUUGAAACAAAAAAUCCUCACUCUUUCUUUAGUGAACCUUUUUAUCUUUCUUCGAAUUCAAGCAAUCUCACUCAAAUGAAUGAAGUGAGUAACGAAUCUAACUCUCAGAUUGAGAUUGCUCAGUCCGUUGAAAAUUCUAUUAAGUUGCAAAUAGAGCGAACUACUAUCACUACUAAUGAAAAAUGAUAGUACUGACAGUUUCAGUAAUGAGUCCGUUGUUGAUGGUGAAAGCUGCAAUAGGAGCGAAGUCGAGAGUUCAAGUAGACAAACUCACAUUGGGAGAGAAUAUCCUAAAUUUAACCAUUUGUGGCUUCUAUGCGAAAAUUGUGAUACAUUAUAUUAUAAAAAACUUAUUAAAUUAAAACAGUAUAUUUGUGAAGAAUGUGGAGAUUAUUUGCAACUGAGUAGUUCAGAUAGAAUUGAUUUUUUUGAUCGAUGAGAAAACGUGGGCUCCUUUCGAUGAAGACAUUCUUUCUCGGGACCCCAUUCAAUUUGAUGAAGACUCUUCUGAAGAAUCAUCGGAAUACCCUAUAUGACUUUUCAGAAUCUUCCUAUUGAUCUUUUCUAUCAGAAGAAACCCUUAUGAAGACUUAUCAGAAGUACUACUGAAGACUAAGUCGUAUGGAAUACCCAAGUAGAAUCGUGGAUACCUAUGAAGACUUUUCAGAAGACUCUUCUGAAGGAAUCGUCGGAAUACCCUUAUAAAGACCCUUCUAAAUACUUUUAUCAAGUAUUUUCUAAUUAUGAAAACUCUUAUGAAGAGGAUCUUGAUUUUUAUCAAAUAGAAACAGGCUUAACCGAAGCUGUUCAAACAGGUCUAGGCCAAGUCAACGGUAUUACUGUAGCAAUAGGGGUUAUGGAUUUUAAGUUUAUGGGGGGGUAGUAUGGGAUCCGUAGUCGGAGAGAAAAUAACCCGUUUAAUUGAGUACGCUACAGAAAAUUUUUUGCCUCUGAUUAUAGUGUCGGCGUCCGGGGGUGCGCGAAUGCAAGAAGGAAGUUUAAGUUUGAUGCAAAUGGCUAAAAUAUCAUCUGCUUUAUACAAUUAUCAAUCGAAGAAAAGAUUAUUUUAUAUAUCAAUCCUUACAUCUCCUACAGCUGGUGGGAGUAACAGCGAGUUUCGGUAUGUUAGGGGAUAUUAUCAUUGUUGAACCUAAUGCUUACAUUGCAUUUGCAGGCAAAAGAGUAAUUGAACAAACAUUAAAUCAAACCAUACCUGACGAGGCACAAGAAGCUGAAUUUUUAUUUGAGAAGGGUUCAUUUGACUUAAUUGUACCACGUCAUCUUCUAAAAAGCGUUAUUAGUGAGUUAUUUACGUUUCAUGACCGGGGCACUUUCUUUCAUUCAAAGUUCAAAUUCAUUUGAACUUUGAGUGAAAGAAAAUAAUUAUAUUGAUUUUAGAUUGAUAUAAAUAGUUAGAUAAAAACUCACAGAUACAAAUAAAUAUAGUAAAAAAAAUACCUUUUCUAUGAGUGACUUUCGUCUCUUUUUAUACCAUUAGUAGGCUUAGUUAUUGCCGGCAAUUGCAACGUUUUAUUUAUUUAUUACUGUUCAAGAAAAAUAAAAAUUUUUAGAUAUUUUAUAUAUUGAGAUCCUCCCUUUUUUGUAAGUUGCUUUUUUUUUGUAUCAUAACAGGAAGAUCUGUGGAAUCAUAUUGACUUAAGGCGUUAUUUUUUUUCUAUCUAACCAAGUUUAUGAAUUACCCCUAAAGGUUUACAUCAAACUAGUGCUAGAUUCUCAUCAAACAAAUAUUCGUUUGAUGAGAAUUACUUUUGAAAUAGCAAAGUUCCUAAUUAAUGGUUUUUUUCUUAAUUCCAAUAAAAUAAAAUAAAAUCGGAUGUAAUAUGAGUUGGCAAUCAAAAACAUAUAUGGAUCGAACUUAGACCUGGGUCUAGAAAAAUAAGUAAUUUAGGUUGGGCUUUUACUCUUUUUUUAGGUUCAUUGGGAUUCUUAUUAGUAGGAACUUCCAGUUAUCUUGGUAUAAAUUGGAUAUCCUUUUUUUCAGCCCAGCAAAUUCUUUUUUUCCCACAAGGAAUAGUCAUGUCAUUCUACGGAAUUGCGGGUCUUUUUAUUAGCUCGUAUUUGUGGUGUACUAUUUUAUGGAAUGUUGGUAGUGGUUAUGAUCAAUUCGAUAGAAAAAGGGGAAUUUUUUGUAUUUUUCGUUGGGGGAUUCCCUGGAAUAAAUCGGCGCAUUUUCCUCCGAUUCAAUAUAAAAAGAUAUAAGGUCUAUUCGAAUAGAAGUGAAAGAAGGUAUUUAUGCUCGUCGUGUCCUUUAUAUGGACAUCCGAGGCCAGAGGGCUAUUCCUUUGACUCGUACUAAUGAGAAUUUCACCCCGGGAGAAAUUGAAAAAAAAGCUUCAGAAUUGGCCUAUUUUUUGCGUGUACCGAUUGAAGUAUUUUGAGAAGGGGGCUACACCUCUUUUCAGUUACUUUUUUUCUAUUUUUAUAUAUUUUCUAUUUAUUUUUCCAAUUGCAUUUUUUACUAAGACUCAGGAAUACUAAUUAGCCAAUUGACCAGGCAGUUUUUUAUUAGCACAAGCAAAUCCCCUAGGAAGUUUAAGUAUUCUAUUGCUUACUAUUUCAUUCUAAAUAUUUAAAUAUCUAAACAUUCAGUAAUUUUUUUCUUUUUAUUUUAAUUGAAAGAUUUGUAUCGGAUAUCUGAAUUUCAUCUGUAUUCUUUCUAGAUUCAAAGACUGGCCAAAAAAUCACAACAAAAAUCAAUACAUACUUUAAUAUACCUUAUACCUUGUAAAAGUAAAAACUCAUAUAUGGUGGGUUCAUGAAAAAUAAAAAUAAAGUAUUCACUCCUCUUUUAUAUCUUGCAUUUGUAGUCUUUUUGCCCUGGUGGAUUUAUUUCUUAUUGAAUAAAUGUUCUGGGAUCUUGGUAUUACUAAUUGGUGGACUACUAGGCAAUCCGAAAGUUUCUUCAAUAAUAUUAAUGAAAGAGUCUUCUGGAAAAAUUUAUUGAAUUCGAGGAAUUUCUAUUAUUGGACGAAAUAGUUUAAAAAAGACGUGGAGACACACCCACAAGAAUUUAUUAUAGGAAUCCAUAAACAAGCAAUUCAAUUAAUAAAGAUACAAAAAUAUAGUGAUAUCCAUCUUAUUUUUCGUUUAGCGACAAAUCUAAUCUGUUUUUUUAUUCUAAGUGUUUCUGCUAUUUUGCGUAAUGAAAACCUAAGUCUUCUGAACUCUUGGGCUCGGGAAUUCUUAUAUAACUUAAGCGACACAAUCAAAGUAUUUUGCAUUCUCUUAUUAACUGAUUUAUGUAUCGGAUUCCAUUCACCCCGCGGUUGGGAAUUUAUAAUUACCUUUAUUUCUAAAGAUUUGGGAUUUUGUGAUAAUGAUUUAAUUAUCUCUGGUCUUGUUUGCACCUUUCCAGUCAUUCUAGAUACAAUUUUUAAAUAUUGGGUUUUCCGUUAUUUAAAUCGUGUUUCUCCGUCACUUGUAGUUCUUUAUCAUUCAUUGAAUGAAUGAUUUGAAGACUCUAUGGGAUUCAUAAUUCAAUUUGAAGAUUAAUUUUUUUCUGUUUUUCUAUUGUAAAUAAGCGAAGCAUUAAAAAUAUUACUUCAUUACUUAUUUUAUAGAACUAUUUUUUUUUAUAUUUUAUUCCAUCAAAUAGCAGAAUCCUGGGUAGCAAACUAUACUAGUGACCUACCCCAUUUUAUUGUAUCAAUUUUGCAAUCAACGAUUCGACUAUGCAAACUCGAAAUCAUUUUCUUUGGAUAAAUAAACAGAUUACUCGAUUGAUUUCCGCAUUGAUCAUGUUAUAUAUCAUAACUCUGACAUCCAUUUCAAAUGCAUAUCCUAUUUUUGCACAGCAGAGUUAUGAAAAUCCACGAGAAGUAACUGGCCGUAUUGUAUGUGCCAAUUGCCAUUUAGCUAAUAAGCCCGUGGAGGUUGAGGUACCGCAAGCGGUACUUCAGAUACUGUAUUUGAAGCAGUAGUGCAAAUUCCUUAUGAUAUGCAACUUAAACAAGUUCUUUCCAAUGGUAAAAAAGGGGGGUUGAAUGUGGGGGCUGUUCUUAUUUUACCGGAUGGUUUUGAAUUAGCCCCUACAGAUCGGCUUUCUCCCGAGAUGAAAGAAAAAAUAGGCAAUUUGUUCUUUUCAGAGCUAUAGACCCUCGAAAAAAAAUAUUGUUUGUGGUGGGCCCUGUUCCUGGUCAGAAAUAUAGUAAAAUAACCUUUCCCAUUCUAUCUCCCGAUCCUGCUACUAAUAAAGAUGCUCAUUUCUUAAAAUAUCCUAUAUAUGUGGGUGGAAACAGGGGAAGAGGCCAAAUUUAUCCCGACGGUAGCAAGAGUAACAAUACUGUUUAUAAUGCUACAGCAACAGGUAGAGUUAGCAAAAUAAUAAGAAAAGAAAAAAGGGGGGUUAUGAGCUAACCAUAACGGAUCCAUUGGAUAGUCGUCAAGUGAUCUAUAUUAUCCCUCCUGGACCAGAACUUCUUGUUUCAGAAGGGGAAGAUAUCAAAUUUGAUCAACCAUUAACGAAUAAUCCUAAUGUGGGGGGGAUUCGGUCAGGGAGACGCGGAAAUAGUACUUCAAGAUCCAUUACGUGUCCAAGGACUUUUGUUAUUUUUGGCGUCUGUUCUUGUGGCACAAAUAUUUUUGGUUCUGAAAAAAAAAACAGUUUGAAAAAGUUCAAUUGUCCGAAAUGAAUUUAUAGACUUGUAGCAUUAGCAAUCUAAAAAGAGACGAUUCAGUGUUAUCCAUAAUAGACGAUUCAGUGUUAUCCAUAAUAUAUAAUUAAAUUAAAGUCAAAUUCUCAAAAACCUUUAAUAUCUUUAUACUAUUAUACUAUAUUUGCCAAAUUUUAUACUAACUGCUGGGAAUUUCCGGUCAUAGAUCAUAGUAUGUCUAUUUUUACUUUUAUAUUUUAAAGAAGAUUUUUG